AUGCAACAUGAUGACUCCAGCCAAGUGACUUUAUUGGGCAGUGCCAAAGAGAGACAGGUGGGGAGUGAGUUUGAGUACAAUGCCGGGGAGGAGUAUUUCCUCCAGAAUGGUAUUCUCUAUCAUCAACUUGGACCAGCUAAGCCGCUAGUGGUUCCCAAGGUUGCCCGAUACACUGUACUUCUCUUGGGUCACUCUGUUCCCUGUGCUGGCCACCUAGGGAAGCACAAGAACCUGGCUCGUGUUAGACGGAAGCCCUCGUCUCCUUGGCCACAAACACUGCUCAUUUACAUUGUGUGGUACUCCAUCUCUCUGACCACUGUGACUCUCAACCUGCUCAUCAUCAUCUCAAUCUCCCACUUCAGGCAGCUCCACACACCCACCAACAUCCUCCUCCGCUCUCUGGCUGUGUCAGACUUUCUAGUGGGCCUCGUGCUGAUGCCGGGAGAAGUUCUCCGACAAACAUCCUGCUGGUUUCUUGGUGACUUUUUGUGUUUUCUUUAUUAUUUUCUUACAAGCAUCAUUACUGCAUCUUCAAUAGGAGACAUAGUGCUCAUAUCAGUUGACCGUUAUGUGGCUAUUUGUGACCCUCUGCAUUACAACACCAGAAUCACUCUGAACAGAGUUAAACUCAGUGUUUUUCUGUGUUGGCUCUUUUCUGCUUCCUACAGCUUUCUCUUUGUGAAGAUUGACCUAACUCAACCGGGGAGGUAUAAUUACUGCUACGGAGAAUGUUUGUUGGUCAUUGACUAUGUCAUGAAAGCUGUAGACAUGGUUUUGUACUUUAUUGUUCCAGUUACGGUCAUUGUAGCUUUGUAUCUGAGAAUAUUUGCUGUGGCUGUGUCUCAGGCCCGUGCCAUGCGCUCUCACAUUACAGCUGUCACGCUCCAGCUGACAGUGACUCCAAAGGCAAAGAAAUCUGAGCUGAAAGCAGCCAGGACUCUUGGUGUUCUGGUAGUUGUGUUUCUAAUAUGUUACUGUCCAUAUUACUGUGUUUCUCUUGCAGGUGACAGCUUGCUCAAUGCUUCAUUUCCAUCCUAUGUUCUCUUUGUGUUCUAUUCUAACUCUGGUCUAAACCCUGUGAUCUAUGCCUUGUUUUACCCCUGGUUUAGAAAAGCAGUUAAACUCAUAGUCACUCUUCAGAUACUGCAGCCUGGCUCCUGUGAGACCAACAUGCUGUAG